UUAAAACGACGCACGGGGUGUUAUUUUUUCCAAAACUUCAGGAGCAGACUUCGGAGAUUAUUAUUUGUUUUAUAUAUAUAUUUUAAAAAGCAGCGACAGGGACAUUUUGGCGUUCUUCAGCUGUUCUCUCGUUAUAACCAGCUUUGCAGGAUUUGGAGAAAUUUUAUUCUUUUUCAAAACUGCCUUUUGAAUAGUUUUCAUUUCAGAUAUUGAUGCAUUGUUUAGUUUAAUUAGGGGAGAGGGGAAAAAAUCAAAAAGAAACAAUGUGCCUUUACUUACGCGAGUUUCUGACCCGGAUCUGUCAGAAAUUUGACCGAGUUUGGAGUGUGUCAGGGCUGUUCUUCCUGUUGGUCCUGCUGUUGGGAUCUUGCUCUGCCUACGAGUCCAGCCAGGAUUAUUAUGACCAGUACCAAGAUGAAGUGGAAACCGAGAGCCAGGCCACCAGCGAACUGGAGGACCAGCUGAGGUCUGCAUCUAGCGUCACGGAGUUAAUGGACAUCUUCUACCCGGAGUACAGGAAGAUCCACGAGUGCCUGCAGAGGAAAUCCUCCAUGAUGAAGCAUGCACGGAGAGGGAUUGAAGAAGUGGAAUGGAAGGAGGCAGCGGCGUUUACAGUGUUGUGGAAAGAAGAAGAUUUAAAAAAUAUUGAACUUGAAUGGGAAAAGACUCAGUGUAAGCCUAGAGAAGUGUGCUUGGAUUUGGGGAAAGAGCUUGGGACUGCAACAAACAAGUUCUACAAACCUCCCUGUGUGUCUGUCCACAGAUGUGGAGGCUGCUGCAACAGCGAAGGACUAGAGUGCGUAAACGUCAGCACAUCCUUCGUCAGUAAGACAUUGAUGGAGAUAACAAUACCACAAGUGGGACUUUCCAAGCCAGUGGUGAUCAGCUUCAUCAAUCACACUGCCUGUAACUGCCAGCCCAAGCGAGACAUCUUUGGACAUUCCCACUCCAUUAUCAGACGUUCUUUUCAAGUUUUUCCAAACAGAUGCGUUACGGAGAAUGAAACAUGUCCACAUGGUCUCACGUGGGAUCCCCAUUACUGCAGAUGUGUCACCCCACACGAGCUCUUCAGUUUAGUUGCCAGCAAUUCAGAACCAGAUGACGAUGAGGGUGAAGUGGCUGACUUUUGUGGGCCCUACAUGCUAUUUGAUGAAGAUUCGUGCGGCUGUGUGUGCAUGAACAGGCUGUCAUCGUCAAGCUGUGGCCCCAACAAAGAAUUCGACGAGAGCACCUGCAGAUGUGUCUGUAAUAACGUGCACCACCGAGGCUUGUGCGAACCAGGGAAGGAAUGGGAUGCAGAUGCUUGUGAGUGCGUGUGCAGGAAGAAAUGCCCGAGACAUCAACCCUUGAAUACCGAUAAAUGCACCUGUGAAUGCACAGAGUCAGUAGCUUCAUGCUUUCGCAAAGGAAAGAAGUUUGACCCACAGACAUGCAGGUGCUACAGGUUGCCUUGCAGAACCCAAGUGAGGCAGUGCCACUCAGGCCUUUACUUCAGUCAUUACGUCUGCAGUUGCCUCCCACUAUACAUGAAGGAAUAUCAAACUGAAGACUGAUGCACAAACUGCUUUCGACUUGCCUUGCUUCGUCAAUGAAGAACUUAAUUUUCCAGCCUGCAGCACUUACAAACUAGUUUUAUUUUUUUUUUGGAUUCUACAGUCUAGUAGGUAUGCUGAGCACUGAAAUGUGUCCGAGACAGUGUGAAGAAAGUGGGUAUUGGUCCUUGUUUUAGAAUAAAACAUUCAGCUCAAUUUCAUAAUGCACAAUUGAUUGGUGUGAUUACCAAUAUUAUUACAAAUGCCCAGAUAAAUGUGUUUCCAUUAAUUAAUGUACGUUUCUUGGUACAGAGUGAAUCAGUUGUGGGGAAAAAUAGACUUUUGGUAUUGAUCAGCUGUUGGCAUGAAAUAUAUUGUCUUAUGCAAAACAAUGCUUUUAUUGACACAAGAAGAUUAUGCUACUGGAAAUGAGUCCUAAUGCUUCAGAAAUAGAUAUGAUGUUUUGUAAAUCUUAUAAUAGCUUAAGCAAUAUCAUGAGUUUACCAAUUGUAAGCCAAAAAAAGUUGCAGCCUCGUCUUUUACAAAAGUACAUUUAUAAUCUAAAGUAUAUAAAUUGCGACAUAACUAUUGCUGUUGAGAGAAGUUUUCAAUUUUCCAAGCACACCUUAUAUGCACGUGAAAUGAGCAAAGGAGAAAAAGGCUGUAUAGAAACGGACCGAUAAAUUGAGUUGGUUAAUUUAUCCUACUCAGCAUAUCAUGUGUAAUGUGCAUUUGCAAUUCGCUACUAGGUAUUUAUGCAGUGGAAAUGGGAGAUGCACUUAAAUUAUCAGGGGGUGUAACAAAAUCUAUUAAACUGCUGCAAUUCUCUCUAACAAUUGAAACAAGACCAAUAGCUUAUCUCAAUUUCUUCCUUCAACAGAGAGGAAACUUAAUUAACUUAUGUCUUGAGUCAUUAAUACAUCUAGACAGCCAUGUGUAACAUUUCUCAUUAUAAACAUUCUAAAGGCUAUUUAAAAACCACAUCUAACUUCAAUAUAGAGUGUAGAAGCGUAGAUUCCACAGAUUAGAGAGUUCCACAUCUUCUUUACAAAAUUUCAAGGUGAUCACAGUCUUGUCAUGAAUUAUCAAGCUAUUUAAUAUGGUAGUUGCCCCUUUUGGAAGUAAAUUAUUUUAGUGGUUGUUCUAUAAUUAUAAACUUCACUUUAAAAAAAAGCCAUGGUUCUGUAAAUAUCUAAGAUUGCAUUUUAAUUCCUUAAUGGUUAACAGUCAUGCUAAAUAUAUUUUCCUUUCUUUUCCAAUCUCUCAUUAUCCAUAGAAGCAGCUCUAGGAAGAUGUACAUCAGCUGCAUGGUUGAAACUUCACAAAUUUCCCCUCCCCUGAUCAGAUAUUCUGCCCUUUGGUCAGCAGCUUCCUGACACAAUGUAGUUGAGAUCAAUAACACUGAAAAUCAAUCUUGGGUGUUUCUGGAACAUAAAGCCUAAAGGAAUGUGACCAAUAAAUCUUUAAAAUACUAAUAACUUCAUGUGUGAAGGAUGCUUCUUUUGUGUGGGGUAGGCCAGGAUCAGGCUACAGAGGAAAGUAUUUAGGAGCGAAAUGAGAAAUUAAAAAAAAAUAGAUAUAUAUAGUAUAUUCAGUGUGGUGCAUUUAUGAAAUACCAUGAAAGGGUAUAGGAAGAAAACGCAAAUAUGGUAUUGCGAUAGAUCAGCUGUAAUUUUGUGGACUGGCAAAAUGGGCUCAGAAGGCUGAAUGGCCUUUUCCUGCUCCUAUUUUAUGUUUCCAUCAACGUUGUUUUAGACAUUUAAAUAAAAUCUAGCACAGGAAUCAUUUCAGUUUUGAAUAGGAAGAUUACAUUAAUAAUCUGUAAUGGUCAAGCUUCGCUUCUUACACGUUCCUACUUCAUGUAUUACAUCCUUCCAUUCACUAUAAAACUAAAUUUUAUUAGCUUCUCAAAGGUUUGUGAGUUCCCCAUAUUUACUCAUACACUUUUGAUAUGCCAUAAAAAUGGCUAAAAUGAUACAAACCUGAAACAGUGGAAGUUGUCAGUAAUUGAUAGGCCUGCCACAUUGGAAAUGGUGCCUUCACAGUAACAAGCUCUUGUCUUUGUUCCACAUUACUGUUUUUCCCUCAACCACCCUUCCACCCCCAAAAAAAAUUCUUUGGUGAAGCAAUUUUCCUGUUUCCUUCCAAAAGUUGUUGUUGAAUCUGCUUACAAAACUUUUAUGUUUUGUGUUCCAGAAAAUAACUUGCUGUGUUUUUCUUUUCUUUUGGCAAUUAUCUUAAGCCUGUUCACUCUCGUUACCAAGAUUCCUGCAUUUCUCAUAUAUUUCCAAAUAUUCAUUCUUUCAAGUACAAGAGAUAACAAGUUUACUCAUGUCUUCGGAUUUGAGAGGGUUGCUAUUCUGCAUUGACCUCUAUGGCAACAAUCAUUUCACUUACCUAUUCACAAUGAUAUAGAAAUUGAUAACAAUUAUAUUUAAAACUUUAUGUUAAUUUGGCUUGUCUCAAGCUUCUGAAAGUAUCAGGGAGUCAGAUAUAGGCUGGUAAGGGUUAUUCAGAAAAGUAUCUGGGUAACUAUAAUUUUGUUUUCUUAUGGGAUGAGAGGGACAGUAGGAAGGAAUAAUUGGAAGAAGGGAAUCAAAUUAACAGGGGUCUCAGUCAAGAGUGGGACAGUUUGAAAUCUGUGCUCACUCAUUGAUUAAAAUUUACUGUUUUAAAUGCAGAGUUUUUCUUUUAAGAACAGGAAGAGUUUACUUUUUAAGAGUUCAUUGUGAACAGCUGCACUUAACAGAUCAGGGUGUCCCAAAGUUUAGUUCUGUACUGAGUUACACCUCAGCCUUCCAGAAUAAGGGAUUUGGAUGUGGUUGCUUAUCCUGAUUCAGUCAAUCUUGCAAGGACUAUCUACAGGGCAAAGAUUGGUCUUUGUUCCUGUCAGUUCUCGAGUUCAAUCGUGUCAAACUCACCUGAAGGCUCCCAUGUGAAUAAUGAUUCACUGGGUAAGGCAUAGGAGGCAAGUUGUUCUUGCAGAAUUAUAAUUCAACAAGUUGGCAAGAGAACAGAAUUUUGUUUCAAACCUUCUUUAUAACCAGUGCUUUGUGAUGCCACUCUUUUCUAAUAUCUUAUGACAUGUGAGGAAUAUUUGCAACAGCCGAUUUCAAACUUGUGACCAAUGCUGUCCCAGGGUCAGUAAUAAUUAAUACUGCCUAUUUAGUUUCUGUUAUUAACACAUUAAAAGCAAUCACAAAUUAUUAGCAGCAGCAUUCCAAACGUACAGAUAUAGCAAAAGAAAAUUCCUCCAUGCUCUUGGUUAUACUAUGGGUAAUUAUCUAUACAGAAGCUGUGAACAAUUCUAUUAAACAAAUUUACUUUAUAAAAAACAAAUUGUAUAUUUAUUGCUGGCUCAAUUUAAUUCUGUGUUUUAAUAUGUGUAUUGGAUGUUUUUUUAAC